AUGGAGAAAGCAUUCAUGGAACAACAAAUGAUGACCUUGCCUCCUACAGUGGUUAUAACAGAGAUUCCAUCUCAGGUAAGCACUGAAGUUAUUUCUACUAUGACAGUUAUAACAAAAAUUCCACCUCUGGUUACCACUCAAGUUGUUACAACUGCAUCCUCCACUUUCCCCUUUGUGGUCAUAAUUGAAGAAGGGUCAGCAUCAAUAGCUAUUGCUGCAUCAACAGCCAGUCUAGCCAGCGCGCCGCUGCUUCCCAGCGGACCCCUCCGCCAGGCCACCGCCGUCGCCGGCGGUAUCCUCUGUCGUGCCGUCGGCGCAGCACCCGCAGCCCGCCCGCCGCCAGCAGCCCGCGCGCCGCCGCCAGCCCGCUCGCGCCCAGCCAGCGUGCCGCCCACCACCAGCCGCGCCGCCCACGUGCUGCCACCUCCUGCGCCCGCCCCUGGUCGCCCAGAGGACCAGGGGCUGAUUUUUUUAAGCCCUUAA